AUGCCACCUCCUUCUGUCAUCAACUCAGAUGGAUUUCCAAGCGCUCCUUCAAAAACUUACUGGACUGUGGUCUUCACAAAUCAGCCUUCACAGAUCCUGGUCCUGUUCUCCAACUUGGUUUGCUCCACACCUAGAGUGUGCUUGGCAAGUUACUUCAAGUCUGAUAGCAUUGCACAGAUAGCUGGGGUGCUCUUCUUCCUGACCACCAACCAGUGUUUCAGCAGCAUAACAGCCGUGGAGCUCUUCGUGGUGGAGAAAAAGCUCUUCAUGCAUGAAUAUAUCAGUGGAUAUUACAGAGUGUCAUCUUAUUUCUUUGGGAAACUCGUAUCUGAUUUACUACCAAUGAGGAUGUUACCAAGUGUUAUAUUUACUUGUAUAACAUAUUUCUUGUUAGGAUUGAAACCGACGGUGGAAGCCUUCUUCAUCAUGAUGUUUUCCCUUAUCAUGGUGGCUUAUGCAGCCAGUUCUAUGGCACUGGCCAUAGCAGCAGGUCAGAGUGUGGUAUCGAUAGCAACCCUUCUCAUGACCAUCUCCUUUGUGUUUAUGAUGAUCUUCUCAGGGCUGUUGGUCAAUCUCAGAACCGUUGUGCCCUGGCUCUCCUGGCUUCAGUACUUGAGCAUUCCUCGGUAUGGCUAUGCGGCUUUGCAACAUAAUGAAUUUUUGGGACUAGACUUCUGCCCGGGACUCAAUGUCACAGCAAACAGUACCUGUAACUUUGCAACAUGUACCGGAGAAGAAUUCUUGGUAAACCAGGGCAUCGAUCUCUCACCGUGGGGCCUGUGGAAGAAUCAUGUAGCCUUGGCAUGCAUGAUUGUUAUCUUCCUUACAAUUGCCUACCUAAAAUUGCUGUUUCUUAAAAAAUUUACUUAAAUUUCUUUUGAAUGUACAUGGCCUAUCUAUACAUUAAAAAGAGCAUCUUGAUUUAUGUAUUCAA